GAGGUAUGCUCCUGGGCAAUGUGGCUGGAGGCUCCUGCGUGUAGGUGUGCCUGCUUCCCCGAAGCCCGGGAAGGUGACCAACAAGUUCACCAUUAAUGCGUAGGGCUUUAAAAGACACCCUAACACACUUUUCCUUGCGCCGCUCGACUCGCGGCUGGUCCGCCACAGUGGGUACGUGCCACACUUUCUACGGUCCUCAUUAUCAUCACCAUCGUCACUGUUCCCUGCUUCGGUGCUCACGCGUCCGUGCUCCUAUCUCGCCGCGCUACUACGUGUUCCUUCCGCUGGCGCCCCAGCGGUCCGAGGUGCGUCUGGUCCGAGAGGUGCGGCCGAUAUAUCUGGGUGUGCGAAGUCCACGAGCCUGUUCGUCACCACCGGUCGAUUCCGCCAUGUCGAGGAAGUUCUGCGUCGUCGCGCUGUGUCCCUCGGGGGAGUCGGACGUGCCGUACCACAGGUUCCCCCGCGAGUCGUCGCCUCGGCGGCAGCGCUGGAUCGACUUCGUCCGGGCCUCGGGGCGCGGGGACGCGUGGACCCCGCGCGAGAGCAGCCGCAUCUGCUCGCGUCACUUCGCGCCGUCCUGCUACAAGCGGCACCCGGCGAGCCUGGCCCGGCUCGGCCUCUCGACCAAGGGGCUGUACCUGGAGCCCGGGGCGCUGCCGACCGUCUACCCCGCUGUGCGCACGCCUUGUCCGCCAGGAGGCAGCGGGGUCGCUGCGCCGUUCACCAACAGGCGUCCGCGACACGAGCCGACGCCUCCUGGAUAUCAAGCCUCCGCGCUCUUCCUUUAUGACGACGGGCUACUCGGACCGAAAUUUCCAUCUGCCAAGCCCGGCGUGACGAAAGCGGGGACGUCAAGGUCACCGGGGCUUACUCUGGAGCAUCCCCAUCGGAUUCUGUGGCACUCGGGCAAGACGCAGUGCUGUUCAGCGGUGAGCGGUACGCCUGCUGCCUCGACGGGUCGCUGCAGGCUCGGGAUGGUUAGCAAGGCAACGACCACAGCGAAGCUGAAGGUUGACGCCACAACCCAGUGCGCAGUCCUCAUGACACCAAAGGCCACCAUGGCGAGCCGCGUGAAGCUCGCGAGCACCGUAGGCGUGCAAACGGACCGCGUGACUGAGGAAGUGGGGAAACUGAAGAUUGACGCGACAACGCAGUGCGCAGUCCUCAUGACACCAAAGGCCACCAUGGCAGUCCGCACAAAGCGCACGAGCACAGUAGGCUUGCAAACGGGACGCAUCAUAGAGCAAAUGGGGUGUUCUUGUUCUCCUUACCUUCUAGGGCUGCGAAAGGCUGACGUGGCAACGCAGUGCGCGGUACCAAUGACACUAAAGGCCACCCAGGCAACAGUCAACCCCCGGAGCACGAGGACGGUGGGAAUACAAACGACAAGUGCGACCAACCAGCAGCUAGUGGAUUUUGGCGCAGUCUCAUGGAAACGUGACCUCACAACCUCGUCAUGGCGGUGACCUCUGCUGCCAAAUUCUGCUGGUCGCGUCCCGGCCU